GGAUAAACAUAUGAUCGAGAUCCGAAGACAAUCAGCAUAAGAGAAAAAUCACAAACUCGAUCUCAAAAGUAUCAACGGGAGUUGAUGAUAUGGGCAAAUAUGAAAGCUCGAGGGUCGGUCAAGGAGAACUAUACUCCCCAGCUCACGCAACCAAAGUGAACAUCAGCAACAAAGAAAAACAAGACAGCUCCAUGGACGUAGGUCAAGGAGAGUUGUACUCCCCGGCUCACGCAAUCAAAGUGAGCAGCAACGAAGAGAAUCAACCAAAGACGACGUCGAAUGCGGCGGUGGGAGUGGUGGAAGCAACAAAGGAAGUGGCUAUGGACGUGAAGAGGAACUUGGGGGCCGUUAAGGAUAUGAUACUUGAGAAGCUUGGGGCACACGCACCUGCUGUUCCUGCUGAUGCUUUGGACAACGUGGGGCACUUCUUGGAGAGCGUUGUCAAGGACGUGACCGACACGACUGGGGCGGAGCAUGGUGUCACCAUGGAGGUGUUGCACCGCAUCAAAACUCAACUUGGUGACAUGCUACCCAACCUCUCUCCAGACGCCACCAAGAAGAUGGUGGAUGAAGUACAGAAGGAAUUAUCAGCUACUAAUGAAGAGGGUGGUAGAUGCAAAGCUGAAAGAAAUCAAGAGCAAGGACAUCUAAAACAAUCAUCGAGGCUUUGACAAUGUUGAUUUCUAAUUCUCAUCCGCCUCGAUCGAUCUCUAGCUAGUUUAUUACAAAAACUUGGAAGUCUUUUUUCUUUCGAUGGUUCAGAGUACCAAUCAGUUGUCGAAUACUAAAUUACUAAUGCAAGUAUUGUUAUUCCU